AACAGCAUGCUUCGGAGGCUGACGAGGAACGUGUGCAACAGAUUAUGGAGCGUGCACUGUUAGAUGCCAAGUGGGUGAUACAGAAGAUAGAAAAAUGAACUUUGAACGGAUUGCUAAUGAGAGCACCAACAGCAGCGCCUCGCAGUUUUGGCAAGCCAUUUCCAUCUGGAUGAGGAAUCCUCACGUUAUAAACCGCAGAAUCCUGGCGUCUCAAGAGUUGUUAGCGACUGAAGUCAAUUGCGGCAUUUCGGAUAUAUUUGAACGUACUCUCGAAUUGCAAAUACAACCAGACGACUUGGAUUUAUCCACGGGAGGCGAAAAAUAUUUAUUAGAAAAAUUAAAUAUCGCAGAAUACUGCCAGUCAUCGGAGAGUUUGAAUCCGAUUGAGGCGCUGAGCGAUGAUAAGGUUUACUUGUACGUGAAGAAGCUGAUACCCCGGAAUACGCAGUUGUUUUCACCGACGCUGGAAUUUACGCUCGUCGACAAGAGAUCCGUAAGCUUAGCUAGCUUUCAUAAACGGCUUGUUCAAGGCAAACAGUCUCUAGGUCCAAGUGCAGCCUACAGUGUGCAGCACCGCGAGUACGGAUCCACGUGUAUCAAUAUACACCGUUCGGAGGAUUGCGACAAAAGCCGCGAUUGGCUCAGAUCCAGGCUCUUACCGCGUCUGAUCAAGUGGAUGUUGAGCGAGAACGUCGGCAGACCGAAGAUCAAUUCUCUCAGCCUCGUUUCCGCCGAGAAGUACACCUUGCUCUACAAUCGGCUGAAGGAGAAGUACGGCACCGAAAUGGUGAAGGUGUGGCCGGAGAACACCGACCCGGCCAAGUUCGUUUACGAGGACGUAGCGAUCGCGACCUAUCUGUUACUGUUGUGGGAAAAGGAGAGAUCGGAGAUGGAUACGCAGGAGUUGCAGUCGUUCGUGGAUCUCGGUUGUGGAAACGGUCUUCUCGUCUACAUCCUGUCUAACGAGGGUCACACGGGAAUGGGGAUCGAUUUGCGCAAAAGGAAGAUCUGGGACCUGUUCCCAGAGAGCACUCGCUUGCAAGUCAGCACGAUCGUCCCGUCCUCCGACACCGUCUUCCCCGGCGUGGACUGGAUCAUAGGCAAUCACUCGGACGAACUCACCCCGUGGAUCCCCGUGAUCGCCGCGCGCAGUUCCUACGAGUGCCGGUUCUUCCUGCUGCCCUGUUGCGCCUACGAGUUCGACGGCAGGAAAUACCGGAGGUGCAACACCGCCGAGAGCCAAUACUCGGAGUACAUGUCCUACGUUAAGAGCGUGUGCGAGACUUGCGGCUUCCUCACGCAGGUGGACAGGCUGCGGAUCCCGUCGACCAAGCGCACGUGCUUCGUUGGAUGGCGAAGGAGCUGCGCGAAGGAGGACAGCGUGGCGUUGGACGCUGACAUCAAGAGGAUUAUAAACGCGCGAUCGGCAACGUCUCAGGAAGAAGACGCCGGCGAUCUGUGGUCUGCGAGCUUCAGGCCGCGCAGCCCGACGGAACGGACGCGAAAUUGUACGCAGCUGGACAAGGGACUGGUCCUGAACAUCGUCAGCGUGGUGGCGGCGCACCUGCUGCGCACGGAGCGCAGGAUACCGCUGGAGCGGAGACCCGGCAGGACCUGGAACGCCGGCCGGCAGAUCAGCAUCGGCGAGGUGGCGAAGCUGAUAGCGCCCGAGAUGUUGCGGCAACUGCGGAACGAGUGCGGUGGCCUGCAGACUUUGCUGAGGAACCACAGUCACAUCUUUUGCGUGGCGCAGGGGAAGGUGCAGUUCCGGAUUCCGGGCGUUACCGGGGGGAGGAGGAAGAGGAGGAGGAACGGCGUGAGCAAAGUGAAGCCUUGCUGGUUCUACGAGAACCACCCCGACGGCUGCCCCGAGGUCGACUGCGAUUUCCAGCACAGAGUUCCUUCAGAGAUUAUAGAUUCGGGACGAUAAUGUAACAACGCGUUUUUUCUCUUUUUAUUUUAAAUAAUUUGCGUGUCAGCGUUGAAGUAAAAAGAACGCACCGAAGUUCGAUACGCACAGUCCGCAUCGAUUCGACACGUACGAAAUAUGUAAUAACAAUAGUCAACUAGUAUUAAAUUACGCCUCGGGUACAAAGUAAAUUAUCCUAAUAGCGUCGCACAUCGAUACGCAGAAUAUACAUACAUCUCGUCGGCGCAUUCGAUGCGCUCGAGAGACACCCUUUUCUCAUUUA